GAGAAGUUGCACGUUAAAAAAGUUAUGCUCUAGUUUAGAGGUAGUCGAAUCCAGAAUUUUAAAAUCUGAUUCUAAAUCUUAAAUGAUUGAUUUCUGAUACCCAAGUUUUUUUUCAAAGCAUAAGUUUGGUUGGAAUGUAUGAUAUACAGUUGAUCUAGCUAAUAAUGAUAUUAUAUGUAAAGUCAAAGUCAAAAUUUCUUUAUUUACAUAGUCUUCAAGAAACAUGAUACAAUACAUAGUAAUACAGUGAAACAAUGUAAAGUGAAGUAAAAAUAUUACAUUUAAUUUUUUAUCUUUUUAAAAACACGGUUGUCUCCAAUUGUAAAAUUUGUUCAAGGAAUAAAACAGUUGUUCUUGCAGCCAGGUUUUUAGAUGUCUUCUAAAAUAAAGGCGGCUGGUUGUCUUUAUUUCCUCUGGUAGUAUGUUCCAUGUUUUUGCUGCAGUGUAACUCGGUUUCUUUUCAGUGGAUGUUAAUCUGUGUACUGGAAGGCAGAAGUUUCUGGUGUUGUACUGAUGAUAUUGUACUCCGCUGCUUGCAGUUUCAUAUGACUCAUUAAUGUAGUAGUAGGUAGCAGUUUCUAGAAUAUAAAGGUUGAUGACUGUAAGAAUCUUUUGUUCACGGAAAGCUCCUCUAAAGGUUUGUCUAGGUGGUAAUGUCCCCAGUAUUCUUAUAGCUCUUUUUUGUAGAGUAAAGACACGUUAAAUGUUUAACAUAGUGGUUCCACCCCAAACAACAAUCCCAUACCGCAGGUGGGUUUCGAAAAGAGAGCAUGAUAUGCAGUUUUGGCUGUAGUUAAGUCGCUUAUGGUCAUCAUUCUACACAUCACAAAUAAUGCAAAGAGAGUUAAUUUGGGGUGUCCAUGAUAAACUUUCAUCUAUUAUAAUGCCAAGAUAUUUGGUUGAGGUAACUUCUUCAAGAUCAGGGAGUCGCCCUACGGUCAUUCUGUCUCUCCUAAAUAUUAGUUGUUGACUUUAACUUUCGUUAGCUACCAAGUCGUUGCCAUGACAAGACUGCAUUGCCAUGCUUAGUGCUAUAAAGCUGUCUAUCUCUAGUUGUUUUGGGUCAGUCUGACUUGGCAAUAGUGCAGUGACGUCAGCAUACAUGAUCAAUUUACUAAAAUCCUGCAUGAAAUGAGGUAGGUCAUUCGUGAAGAGGAUAAAGAGAACUGGACCCAAGAUUGAUGCCUGUGGCACUCCUCUAGUGAUUGGGUUUGGUUUGGAGCAUGUCAUAUCAACUUUCCCAUUGUUAUUAUGUUUAAUCUCAACCAGUUGACUGCUAUUAGAUAGAUAGCUAGAAAACCAUUUAUUUGCGUUAUUUUGUAUUCCAAGGGUUUUUAAUUUCUCUAGAAAGUGGUGAUGAUCAAGACAGUCAAAGGCUUUGCUGUAAUCAAGAAGUUCAGUAGUGGCAGUCUUGCCUUCCUCAAGCUGAUCCAGAAGGAACUCCACAAAGCUGAUCAAAUCAGUUGUUGUAGAUUUAUCCUUUAGAAAUCCAUGUUCAUCUGUGGUUAUAAGUUUAUGGCAAUUAAGAUGAUUAAAAGGUCUUUUGAUGUCUUUGGUUGCAACGAUUGAAUAAUGUCAGACAUCUCCUUGCUGCAGGUGGCUUCUAAGACAAGGAUUGGAGUAUCUUGGGCUUCUGGAAGAAAAAGUGUUGUUCUUUUUUGUGGAUUAUUUUUUGUAAGUGUUUUGUCUGCUACAGUAGUAAAGAAAGUAUUUAAAUGAUCUGCAAUUUCUUUUGAAUUUGUUGAUUCAUACCCUUGAAUGUUUAGUCUAUUUAGUUGUUCACUCUCUUCAUUUGCCUUUCUUUCAGAGUUUAUUACAUUCCAAAUUUGUUUUUGUUUAUUGUUUGAUUCCAUGAUUCUUGCAGAGUUAUUCUGUUGCCUUAUUUGUCUAAUAUGAAGGUUGUGUUCUUUUUUCAGAAGUAAAGACCUUUGUCUAUGAUUUUCCCUACCAGUUUUAAGAUAUAGGCUUUGGGCAGUCAGGAAAUUUUGUUUUUUCAGAAUAACUGAAGGAUUAUAAAAGACUCUGUUUUUGUCUUUCCUCUUUUUAAGCUUGGAAAAACGGCAGGCUUGGUCAAGUGCUCGCUGAAGGAUUAAAAGGAAGUUAUUGUAAGCUUCAUCUGCAUUUACUGUGUUGUAUACUUUUGCCCAGUCCUCUUUUGUAAAUAACUCUUUCAUUUUAAGGAGAUUUCUGUGGCUCAUAUUUCUUUUCCUUAUAGCAGUUUGGGGAAGACUUGAACUUGAUCCUGUUAUUAUCAAGCGAAACUAGCCUGUAUGGUUGGAAAUACCAGUGCUUAGCACUUCCACGUUGAUGUUAUUGUCGUCAAUGUUUGUACAUACUGCAUCAAGCGAUGAUUUUGAAGUAGGAGAUAUUCUAGUGGUUGAUAAUUCUAUUCUAUGUAUGUUAUGUGACUUAAGAGUGUUAUUCAUCAGAAGGUAGUCAUUUCUUUUCACAAGGCAGUCUAUAUUAAAGUCUCCCAGCAGAAUUGUGGGAUGGUUUACCGCUGAAGUCACUUCAAGCACAUCUGAAAUCACAUCCAUCCUUGUAUCUAGGUUUCCUUGUGGUCUAUAGACACCUAGGACAAUGAUAGUUGAUCAGCCACGAAUAAUCUUGACUCCGGCCACUUCACAGAUCAUCUCAGAUAAAUCCUCGUCUAAGUUAAUUAUUUCCACCUUUUCUCAUAGACAAUCUUGAGCGUAAAUGGCUACACCUCCUUUAAGAUGUGCUUCUCUGCAGUAGUAACUCUUCAAGGAGUGUCCCAUGAGCCUGAUGUUUGUGAGUAUUUCCUUCUUACAGCCAUGUUCUGUAAGUAUUACCAGGUAUGGUUUGAGAUUGUCUAAUAGAACAUUGAGUCUGUCUAUUUUAUUUGACAUUCUAUCUAUAUUUGAUGUAAAAGAUUGUUUACUUUGCCUUUCAUUUUUAAUGCUGAAUUGCUGCUCUGAGGAUUUUCUAAAAAAUAAUCAGCACUCUACAACUGGUGUAACCGCCCUAAUGGCGGCUUCCGCUGUGUACAAAUAUGAAGUUGUUGAAGAUCUCGUGCACAAGCAUGCACCUUCAAUUGAAAUUGUGUGUAAGGAUAAUAAAACCGCUCUUGACUAUGCUUGCCACAGUGAAGAAAAGAGUGGAUUGUUGGAGGCAUAUCACAAAACUGAAGAAAUCCAUGAGAAGGAAAAUAACCAAGCUGAUAACCUGGAAGAGGGCCAAGUGACAAUCAGCAGCACAGAUUUGAAGCGUCUUGAACAGUAUGAGAAGUAUUUUGAAAAACUAUUAGACGUUAUAGACUAUCAUCUAACCGUCAAACUUUUGCUACAUAUUCACCUUAAUGAACCAGAAGGUGCUAUACUUGUCUUUUUGCCGGGAUUUGAACAUAUUUCGGCAGUACAGUGUGAACUUUCCAAGCUUUUGUCUGAUAGUGAAAAUCGAAAAAUAGCAAUUCAUUUUCUACAUUCCCAAAUGCAGACCACUGAACAGAAGAAGGCUUUUGUGCCAGCACCCCCGGGGAUUAGGAAGAUCAUUCUGUCAACCAACAUUGCAGAAACAAGCAUAACGAUCACAGAUAUUAAGUAUGUGGUAGACACAGGAAAAUUUAAAGAAAAAAGCUUCAACCCAGAAAAUGGGGUCCAUUCACUACAAUGUGAGUGGGUGUCAAAAGCUUCAGCCAGACAGCGUAGGGGUCGAGCAGGCAGGGUUCAGAAUGGAACCUGCUACCGCCUCUUUUCGCGGAGACUAUUCCAACAGAUGAAGGAAUACGAGACACCAGAAAUAUUAAGGGAGCCUCUUGACGAAAUAUGUUUGAACGCAACUCAGUUGAUCCCUUCUGGUAUGAAAAUGUCUGAGUUUUUCUCCAGGGCCAUUGAUCCACCAAAACAAGAAAGUGUAACAAACGCCAUUGAGUGCCUGAAGAUGAUGAAAGCAAUCAACGACAAUGAACAACUUACGCCGUUGGGGAAACAAAUGAUAAAAGUGCCUUUGGAACCUCAGUGUAGUAAAAUUAUUUUGUAUGGGGUAAUGCUUAAGUGCUUGGAGCCUGCACUUAUCCUAGCCUGCUGUAUUUCUCAAGGAGAUCUCUUUAAAAUACCAGCGGGCCAGUUGUUGAAACAAAGAGCAGCAUCCUGUAAGAAACAGUUUAUUAAUAAAGGCUACAGUGAUGACUUGAUAUCCAUCAAAAUUUUUGAGACGUUGCAGAAAGCUACAGAAAAGAGUUCUUUUUUUAAUCCAUUUAAAUGGUGUUUUGAUAACUUCAUAAGCUGCGACAAAGUCAACAAAAUAAUCCAAAUGAAGGAACAAAUUCUUUCCCACUUAACUAAUAAUGGCUGGGUGAAUGAAAAAGAUGACUUAAACCAGUACUCCAAACGAUGGGCUGUUGUUAAGGCAGCUUUGACGUCUGGACUUUACCCAAAUGUCGCUAGGAUCAAUAUACCUACUCGACAAAUUCAAACACCAUAUUUGAGUAGUGCAAUAGUCCACUCUAAGUCUGUCUUGAUCAAUAAAUUAUCCAAGAAGUCAAUUGUCAAAGGGGAAACUGUACCUUCUAGUUGGAUGGUCUAUGGCGAGGCACUGAGAGUGGGCAACUCUGUCUGCCUGUAUGAAAACACAUUGGUGUCACCAUUAACCAUGUGCUUAUGCGUAGGGUCAACACCUAAAAAUGGUUCUGCACACAUUGUAAUCAGAGAUGGAGGGGAUGGGCACCUUACCUGUGUUCCAGCAGACACAGAAGUAGAGCUCCACUUUGACUCCUUGGUGAUAAUUAGAACUGACAUUGAAUUGGCAGUUCUAAUUACAGAUCUCAGGCGCAAGUGGGAUGCUGUGGUAGAAAGACGUCUGCUGGAUCCAAGAAGACGACUCAACAAGGAAGAAAAUGCCAUUCUACAGACAGUUGUCAAUGUCCUGGUAGAUCAGGACAAAAUCCUCAAUCUGGAUCAACAAUUGUUUCUAAAACCUGGGCUUUCACUAACCAGACUCAAUUGUGGAAGAGGCAGGCAUUCCAAUAACUGAGUGUAUUCUGCUGCUUGUAACAGUGUUUGAGCAGCUGUUACCACUAACCAAAGAAAGAUAGUUUCUUUUUUUGGUUUGUGAGUGCCACUAACACUGCAGUAGCAGCAGCUGAGGCAGCUCACCAGGCUUGGCCAAACAGAUGUCAUAAUUCACAGAACCAUUAUCACAUUCAGCACUUCUAAGAGGACAAACCACAUAAUAGACAAACAGUUGUUAAUACAUUAAUUUGCCUUGCACCUGUACAUAUAUAUAUGAUGCACAGUUUUAUCUAUCUUUAGCAUACUAGAUAUGAACUUCAGAUAAUUUUGAUCUGGAUCUAUUCAAUGAGAAGACUAACUUCUGAUCUGAAGUGUUCCAUAUAAUCAAGAAUGAAUUAUUUUAGUUUCAAUAACGUUUGAACUAUCGUAGUUGGUAGAAUUUGUUCAUGUGCGCUCUCUGCGCUUUUAUUAAUUGUAUUUAGUCUGUUAAGCUUGAGCCACUAAUUGUAUGGAUUACUGAGAAGUACCAAGAUGAAAUUGGUCAGUUUUGCAGGCUUUUUAUUUAGAAAAUCACUGUAUAUUUGUUUAUUUUUUUAUAAUAAAUUAAGUUCUCUAAAAGGUAUUCAACUAAAAGAUAUAAUAAACCAUUUAUAAUCUUUUAAAUUUAACAAACAAAUUAUAAUCAGUUUUCAAUUGUGGGUUUGAUGUAACAUUAUACUAGGCAAAUAACAAAAAUUGCAUGUGGAAAAUUUUUUUUAUAUUUAAAUCGAUAGCUAAUUAUGAAUCUUAGUACAAAACUAGAAAUAUAUAGAUCAGAUAAUACAUUUACAAGUAAAUUCUAUCAAAAACUUCUAAUUUCUUUAUAAUGUGUACAGUGAUUGUACUUAAUGGAUGUUGAUAUAAUUUUGAACAUCUUGAACACUAUAAUUCUUUACCUAAGUUUCAUGUAAAAGCCUUUGAUUCUAUAAAGAAAAAACUGCUUUUACUAAUAAAAAACUAUUUACUACAAUUAUCGUAUAGAUAGAACACUGACAUUUCUGAGCAAGAAAUCAAACUUCUUACCAGUAGGACUUAGGCCCUCUAAGGAUUAAACAUUUAAAGAUAUAAAUUUUUAUGUAGUUUUCAAACUGGACCAGCAAACUUUAACUUAAAAGUAACUGAAUUUCACUAUGCCAAUUUUACACCAUUGUCGUAAAUCAAAUUUAUUUAAACUUGUAUAUAGUGUGACCUUGAAUUAGAGCAAGGGUAUAUUCAAAUCCUGCCUUAGCAUCAAAAAUGAGGGUAAAAAUAUGUUCUCCACAUAUAUUUUUUGGAUCUUUCUCCCAGGUUAGAUAGUAAAUUAUCAGUUAUAAAAAGUCAGUAUAUAUGUAGUACUGAUAGAGACAAUAAUGAUAAUAGCUAUUCAUUUUGUUUUUAGAUUAUAUAUGUACUAAAAGAUCAAACCGUAUUAACCAAGAGCAUGUUACCUAAGCCAAUUGAAGGCUAAGAUAAAUUGUAAAAGAGGUAAUCCACACCAUAGGAAGCUUUCUGUAAUAAUACUUGUUUUGUUAUUUUUACUAAAUGGACAUUAUUUUUAUAAAGUUAAGGCAAUUUAUUACAAAAUUUACAGCUUGAAAAAUUGUACUGUAGGAACCAAGUGUUCCUCCUACAAAGAAAAACGUGGAAAAAACUUACGAGGUAUUAUUCCAAAUAAUAUCUGUUUUUAAUUUUGUGUGCAUUCUCACAUUUGGGUAUUAACUUCACUUAUAUAUAUUUACAUAUAUAUAUUUACAUUUUUUUAUAUAUAUAUUUACAUUUUUAUAUAUAUAUAUAUUUACAUUUAUAUAUAUAUAUAUAUAUAUAUUUACAUUUUUUAUAUAUGUA